UUGGCUCAAGUGCCGACACCGCCGGUCCAGCAAGAAGCCAUGACGGCAGGCGUGCAGCCGCGGCCGCCCAGCUUCACCGCCUCUGUGCGGAAGGGCGAUAUCCCCAAGGAGUACCAGCUGCAGCGCUAUUACACCGCGGCAGACGUUGGACAGCACAACACGUCCCACGACUGCUGGGUCUCCUUCUUUGGGCGAGUCUAUGACCUCACGCCGCUCCUGGCGGAGCACGAGGGGCCCUUGGCGCAGCCCAUCAUCGCCGCGGCGGGGAGCGACAUCUCCUUCUGGUUCAACGAGGCCACUGGUCAGCCGAAGGAGCAUGUGCACCCAGAGACCGGCAUGCAGGAGAUCUACUGCCCCUGGGGCCGCUACAUCCAUGUUCCGCCUCAGGGCCCUGAGUCUGGCUGGGCAACGGACUAUCGCACCCCCUGGUGGGAGGACGAGCGCUACUUCAUUGGCCUGCGCUCGGAAAGGACGCGGAAGGUGUGCAUCGUGAACUUGCUGACCAGACAGAAGAACACCCUCGAGGUGCCAGUUGAGGAGACUGUGGCCGAGAUCCAAAACCGCUACCUUGUGCACAACGCCCAUGCAGGUAGCUACACCUGGAAGCGUUUGGGCAAGCCACUGAACAUGGAGAAGACGCUGGCGGAGAACGGCAUGGAGGACGAGACGGAGGAGUUCCUGAGGCUCUCCAUCGACCCGGACAACCACAUCCCGGUGAUCCACCUCCACUUCAACGACGACCUCACGGAGGCCUGAGCGCUGGCCACCCGCCUUAAAAGGCGCCCGGCAACAUGCCGCGGGCGCGCGUCUCACCCUUGGGCCAAAGCGAAGCGGCCUGAAGUUGAAC